UCUUGGUGUUUCAGGCUAGAAAGAGUUACUCUCACCUUCACACAUGUGUCCCUAUUGGCCUGAAGCACAUGUGUCUUGACACCACUGUGACCACGUCAGGUGAGGAUAAAUUGCUCGAUUUCACUGUCAAACAUUCCUAUCUGAGGAACAUGUUGAGGCCAUUGAUUUUGGCCCUGACAGUGAUUCUGGGCAAAACGCAAGAUCGGAUAUCCUACGACAAUCAUUAUCUUGUCAAUUUAAAGGUCGCCAAUGAACGUGAUAUUGACGAAUUCAAUCGUGUCUUGGCCAAGGAACAAGCACAUUGCCAGAGCCUACAGGUCGAUCUGAGUGAAGGCUCUCACGAUUUUUUGUGCCAGCACCACGAGGAACGGAAUGGUUUGGUACAUGAGCUACACCAAAGCCAGAUCCCUUUUGAAGUAGAAUCUCAAUCCAUGAGAGAGCUCCUCUUAUCGGAAAAACAACCAGAAUCACGAAAUGCAAUCCCCAUCUCUUCAAAAUUCAACUAUAACAAAUAUCCAAGAUUUCAGGAGAUAGUCAAUCAUUUGAAUACCAUAGAGAAAGAGAACCCAGGUGUGGUUCGGAAUGAGCGAGUGGGUGCCACCCACGAAAAUCGAAGCCUCAUCUUGACCACCAUUGGCAACUCUCCCAUGGGCCAGGACACCCGAGCUGUUUGGAUCGACGCAGGUAUCCAUGCCCGCGAGUGGAUCUCUCCCAUUACGGCUCUCUUUCUGAUUGACCGGAUUGCGGAGGAGUUCCGCAAGGAGCCGUAUCAACAAGAUCAAAGGAUCGUGGGUGUAGAUUGGUAUUUUAUGCCCAUUUCUAAUCCAGAUGGAUAUGAAUACAGUCACGAAACGGACAGAAUGUGGCGAAAGAACAGGGCGCCCCCUCCCAAAGGUGAGUCUUGCUAUGGAGUGGACCUGAACCGAAACUGGGAUGUUAUUGGAUUUGGCAUUGGAGCUUCCAAUGAUGCAUGCAAAGACAAUUUUAAGGGCACAAAGGCCAAUUCCGAACCCGAGGUCCGGGCUGCCUCUAAAAAGUUACUCUCAGUCAAAAAGAACGUCCGAGUUGCACUGUCCUUGCAUAGCGCUGGUCAAUAUUGGUUAACCUCGUGGGGCUACAAGACACAACUACCCGUGGACAACGACAAAAUGGUGUCGUUGGGCAAGAAAGCCGCUGAUGCCAUAUUCCGCACCUCUGGUCGGCGCUACAAAGUCGGAUCAGCAGGCGCUUUACUUUAUCCUGCAGGUGGGGCUAGUGAUGACUUUGCCAAGGCCAGAGCCCUCAUUCCUUACGCUGCCACAAUAGAGCUGCCUGGGUCACAUGGCAAGAGGAGGUUUGUUCUCCCGGCAAGUCAAAUCAGAAGCGUUGGCGAGGAGAUGUUUGCUGCAAUGGGAGUGGUGGCUGAAGUGGCGAGGAAUCACCCAUUGGGCGACGAUCCGUCUUUAAUGGAGGAAGCAAAGCGAAACAACGGUUGAUUGGUAAUCGAGGAGCAUGAUCCUUGUUUCUUUGAUAUCUCGACUAGACAAUGAUGGGAUAACAAUCAGGCAUAUUUAAGCAUAUAUAAAUGUACGGCAACGACAUAAUUGAGAACGGCAUGUCAUGGUUACAGGUAGGGUUCAGACCAAUACAUGACUUUGGUCACUUUCCCAUUGGCGUUA